AGACAAAUGAACAUGAGGUGUCGCGUCUGCUGACACAAUUUGGUCGGAAGGAUGACUUCCGGGAACUGGAACUAACUGCCGGCGGUGAGUUCCAGAUUGGCAUUUAUUGAAGUGUCAACUGCACGCCAAACUACAACAAAGCAAAAGUGGGCUGUUUUUUUUUUUUUUUUCUUUUACGUAAAUUUAAUGACAAUGCGUGUAAAAAAAUGUUUGUGGUAGAGAAAAUUGAACAGAUAAGAAUUUGUGACCAAAAAAAAUGAAAUGUUAGUUUUAACAAAAAAAAAUUAAGGUAAAAUUAGCAAAAGAGUUGGUAGGAGGUGGAGGUAAAUUUCGAAGACACACGAUCCAUAAGGUAAAGACUAAAAACAGACCAUCUAUAAAAGAGUGAUUAUCUUUUCUCCUCUCUCUCCCACCCCUCCUCUCUGUGUGCGUUUCAUAUUACAGCUUCUCUUUUCUUCCUCUCUCUCUCUCUCCUUCAUUUCUUUCUCAGUUUUCCAUUUUUUUUUUAAUUUUGUUAUUUUACUUUUAACGACCCACAUUGCUGCCAUUCUGGGCAAUUUUAUUCUUUUCUGUUAAUCCCCUAAUCGCUUCAAAAGUAAAAAGACUCUAUAAAGAGGUAGUUUCACUUUUUUGGUAUAUUUCCGAGCGAGAGAGAGAGAGAGAGAGAGGGGAAAGGGUUACAUGAAGUUUUUCUGAUUUUUUUUGCAUGACAUUCUGAAGGGUUUUUAAUUUUUUUUCUCAGAAAGUUUGGUACUUUUUAAGGGUUUAUAAUCUUGAUAUACUGAGCUAAGCAUCUUGUAGGCCUCUUUUUUUUCCCGCAAAGAACAGUGGGUGGUUCGAGCUUUAGUGUCUCUGACAUUCCAGCUCUUCCACCAUUGUUUUUGCGUAUUGCAGAAGAAAAAACACAAGGCAGAAAAGAAAUCAUAGCUCUGCUGCUUUUCGCAAGCUAUAUAUUCGGUUGUCACACAGAUCCAUUGGCUCAACUCUGAGCAUCUCUGAGAGCCUCUGUUUUCCUCUGUUUUUGCUGGUACUCUGCUUCAGGAAAUAUAAACAGAGCAGAAAACAGAGAGAUGGACAGGGUUGCAACGACCAAUCUUCUUCCAGAUGGAUUUCUGGGUUCUAGAGAUGAUAUUACAGAGCAAUUGAGCCUGAUAUGGGCUCAGAUCAAAGCACCAUUGAUCGUUCCGCUCCUUAGAUUGGCCGUCAUUGUUUGUUUGGCUAUGUCAGCUAUGUUGUUCGUUGAAAGGGUGUACAUGGCCAUAGUCAUUGUGCUUGUGAAACUAUUUGGUAAAAAGCCUGAGAAACGCUAUAAAUGGGAGCCUCUCAAAGACGAUGUGGAAUUGGGUAAUUCAGCGUAUCCAAUGGUUCUUGUUCAAAUUCCAAUGUACAAUGAAAGAGAGGUUUACCAACUGUCAAUCGGAGCUGCAUGCGGGCUUUCUUGGCCCUCUGAUCGUAUCAUAAUUCAAGUUCUUGAUGAUUCAACAGAUCCUAUUAUCAAGGCUCUGGUGGAAACAGAAUGCCAGAGAUGGGCAAGCAAAGGUGUAAACAUUAAGUACGAAAUCAGGGACAACAGAAAUGGAUACAAAGCCGGAGCUUUGAAGGAAGGAUUGAAGCAUUCCUACGUUAAACAAUGCGAUUAUGUGGCUAUUUUCGACGCUGAUUUCCAACCUGAACCUGAUUUCCUAUGGCGCACCAUUCCCUUCUUAGUUCACAAUCCUCAACUUGCCCUCGUCCAGGCUCGUUGGAAAUUCGUGAAUUCUGAUGAAUGCUUGAUGACAAGAAUGCAAGAAAUGUCGCUGGACUAUCACUUCACAGUAGAGCAGGAAGUGGGCUCUUCAACUUACGCAUUUUUCGGUUUCAAUGGAACCGCUGGUGUAUGGAGAUUAGCCGCAAUCGAAGAGGCUGGAGGCUGGAAGGACAGAACAACAGUUGAAGAUAUGGAUUUGGCCGUUCGAGCUAGUCUUCGUGGCUGGAAAUUCGUCUACCUUGGUUCUGUCAUGGUGAAGAAUGAGUUGCCAAGUACCUUUAAGGCAUAUCGUUAUCAGCAGCACCGAUGGUCAUGUGGCCCUGCCAAUCUUUUCAGGAAAAUGGUCUUGGAAAUCAUUAGGAACAAGAAAGUGACACUCUGGAAGAAGGUUCACGUAAUCUACAGCUUUUUCUUCAUCAGGAAGAUCAUAGCCCACAUUGUCACAUUUAUUUUCUACUGUGUUGUGUUACCUGCCACUGUUUUAGUACCCGAAGUAGAGGUCCCUAAGUGGGGAGCUGUCUACAUUCCUUGUGUUAUAACCCUCCUCAAUGCAGUUGGAACUCCAAGGUCUAAUUUGUUUAGCAUACUUGAGAGAUGUGUUGAUUUAUGACCUUAAAGUUUCAGAAAAUCCAUUCGUACUAAUAAGUUGCAUUUGAAAAAUGCAGAUCAAUUCAUUUGCUGGUUUUCUGGAUCCUGUUUGAGAAUGUGAUGUCCCUUCAUCGGACAAAGGCAACCUUCAUUGGCUUGUUAGAGUCUAGAAGAGUUAACGAAUGGGUCGUAACUGAGAAACUCGGGGAUGCUUUCAAGAUUAAGUCUGCCAUUAAAGCAUUCAAGAAACCAAGAUUCAGGUUUGGAGACAGGUAUACAAAAUCUUUUCCUUAAUUUUCACGAAUGUUGACUGAAAUUACAAGCAAGUUCCAUCUUUUUCUCAUCAUUAAUCAUCAUUGCUUUUCUUUUGUCAUUGUUCUACAGACUUCACCUCCUGGAGCUUGGAGCUGGUGCAUACCUUUUCUUCUGCGGAUGUUAUGAUGUUGCCUUUGGGAAGAAUCACUAUUACAUUUAUCUCUUCACUCAAGCAAUUGCAUUCUUCAUUGCUGGAUUUGGUUACAUUGGGACUAUUGUUCCCAACUCCUAAAAUUGCUGGCUACAUUCAUUGGAACUGAACUGAAAGCUGCAGUGUUUCAAUAGUAGUCUCAUCCUUGGCCGUCGCCCUGUUUGUCGUGCCUCUCUUCCCUCAAGCACCGUAAUUAGAAGUGGCGUUUUCCCAGCAACACCUCUUUUGCAAAUUUUUGUUAAAAAGAUUCUUCUGGUCUGUUUAAAAUUUUUGGAUUAAAAAGUUCUGAAUGUGUUCUUUUACUUGUAAAGAAAGGGACGAAGACAGAAUUAUUCUUUUAGGUUAGGCAUGAAAAGAAAAACCAGUUCGAGCUGUUAUUGCUCGAAGGAAAUUUGUUGUUGUGUAUAGAAAUGGUAAAUGAAGGGCUUUUACAUCGAGCAAAAUGAUGUUGUUGAAAGAGCUCUUUUACAAUUGAUAGUGAUACAGAAAUGACAAAAUCAACGACACAGAAUAAACUCAACGAGUAGAGAAGUUGGAUUGGCUUAGAUCAGAUGUAAACCUGUUGUGUUCUCCAUAGUCAAUCGUCAUUAUUUCUUCCUUUUUUUUUCUUUCAAAAGGUUUUAAACUUCAAAAUUUCUUUUGCAACAACAUGUUACAUGUGACGUUUUUGUUUUUGUUUUUUUUUUUGUUUUCCCGAGAGCAAAUUGUAUGCUCAAUUGGGCUUAUAGAUUGCAGGCCACAUUGAUUCAAAUUUUUCUGAAUUUGCUUAUUUGAGGCUUCUCAUCACAGAA